AUGGGUAACAGUCUAAGGUGUUGCUUGGCUUGUGUUCUUCCCUGUGGAGCCUUAGACUUGAUCCGUAUCGUCCAUUUGAACGGCAACGUUGAAGAGAUUGCUGGACCAAUCACGGCCGGUGAGAUCCUUCGGGCUAACCCAAAUCACGUCCUGACCAAACCCUGCUCUCAAGGCGUUGUACGUAAAAUCUUGAUCGUCUCGCCGGAUUCUGAGCUCAAGAGAGGAAGCAUAUACUUCUUGAUCCCCGUUUCCUCCCUGCCCGAGAAGAAACAAAGUGGUAACAACUCCAACAAAUCCUCCAAGAGGAGCAAAAAGUACUGCAACACUGAUGUCUCAGGUGGCUUUGUUCGUUAUCCAGAGCCGGAUUUCAUUUCCGAAAAGGAAUCCUCACGUCGGAAUCGUAGGACUAGUACUGGCCGAGUUGGAGCAUGGCGGCCAUAUCUUGAGAGCAUCUCCGAGGACUAA